UGUAUCCGUAGUUAUCUAACGAAACCCUGAUCCGUCGACCGGACAAAGCCGCAAAUCAAUGACUUCAUCGGUUCAUCCACUUGCUCCUCCAUCUGCUCCGGCCCCGGUUGGACAGCUCCGGCCGGCAUGCCCAUUCAACGUCUCCACCCGGAUCCACAUACGCAUUUUCAGGGUCUUUUUAAGACUUGACGCCACUCGGAGCAUCGUCCUCUGCCGCGGAUCGGUCCCCUCGCAAGCCGUCACACGCCUCGAGGUCGCCCCCCGACACCGUCAACCGCGUUCCAGACUCCUGUGCAUCCAUCUCCUCGGGCGGCGGGCGGGCGGUUGUGGUAAGGCUAUUACCAUUCUGGGAGUUGCGAAGGAUGCCGUUCUGCCGUCUUCCCCAAUCUCCCCCCUUACCGUUCUGCGCCAGAUCUCCUGAAUUCUAACCCUCGUGGGCACAUGAAGCCCGCCGCCGCCGCCUCUGCCAUACCGCCGCCAUCUUCAUUGGCCCCGCGGACCGCUUUGUCACUAAUAAUUGGCCGCCACCGCCAUCCAGACUGUCGCACGUCGCACCGCGUUUCAGCAGUUUCCCAUCCUGUGUUGCCGUUGGUGUUGUGCCCGCAGAUCCUUCAUCCCCUCUCUACCAGGCCCAGACCCUCUGUCAACUUUGUUUCAACCUCCAGGAACCAUUACCCCACAAUACUACCAUUCCAGGGGCUCCCGCGUCCCAAUCUACAUCUGCAUCUGCAUCUGCAUCUACAUCUACAUCCACACCCUACGUAUAUAAGCCAGCCCCUCUCAACCAUGGCCUCCAAGCCGAAAGCGUCGCCCCGCGCUCAGCCAAGCCGAGACAAGCUGGUCAAUGAUCUCGAGACGCCCCUCCGUCCUCAGGCCCAGCUGCGCCGGUCAGGCCGCCGCGUCAAGACGAUGGAGCCCGAGGACAAUGCAAGCUCGACGCUCGGGAAUGUCCUGGGCAUCCGACAAGAAGAGGGCGAAGACAUCGACAAGGAGGAGAUACAAAACCGCAAAGACGCCGUCAAGGGAGACAUGCAGCUCGCCAUCGAGGGGCUCUCCCGGAUGGAGCGGCGUCUGAGGAGCGCGACGAAGAGGCAGAAGCUGCAGAUCGAGGAGGAGGGCCGCCUGACCGAUCCGGACUUCCUCGCCGGCCAGGAAAGGUUGACACGGGCGACCACGCAAGCGGGCAUGGGGCUGAGGCAGCCCAAGGAGCGAGGACAGAGGGGCAUGCCCACGCCGGAGGACGAGGAGAAGGGGAACAACUUUGCCAGCGACAUCGGCGAGGGCGAAGGCCAGGACCCCUAUAGCCGCAGAAUUGACGCUCCGGACGAAAUCGCCGACGUGCCCGAACGCGGCGCGGCGAGACCGCCGCCCGUCAACAGUGGCUACCUUCCGCUGCCGUGGAAAGGCCGGCUUGGGUAUGCCUGUCUCAACACAUACCUGCGUUCGGCAAAGGUUCCGGUCUUCUGUUCCCGGGCCUGCCGGAUGGCGUCCAUCAUCGACCACCGGUAUCCACUCGCGGACGAGUCUAUGCCCGAACACUCGAUCAAGAAUCGGCCGGACAAGUCCAAGGAGCCCAGCGACGAGCGAGGCCGCAGGUUCGUGCAGAACCUCGGCCUGCAAAAUGCCCGGGAUAUCCCCAAGAUGCUGCGGUGGAACGACAGGUACGGCAUCAAGUUCAUGCGGCUCAGUUCCGAGAUGUUCCCCUUUGCCAGCCACCCGGAUCACGGCUACAGGCUGGCGCCAUUUGCCUCGGAGGUGCUUGCUGAGGCCGGCAAGGUGGCCGCCGAACUGGGCCACCGGCUGACCACGCACCCGGGCCAGUACACGCAGCUUGGCUCGCCCCGGCAAGAGGUCGUCAACGCGGCGAUCCGGGACCUGGAGUACCACGACGAGAUGCUGUCGCUGCUCCGCCUCCCCGAGCAGCAGAACCGCGACGCCGUCAUGAUCCUGCACAUGGGCGGCGUCUUCGGAGACAAGGCCGCGACGCUCGACAGGUUCCGCAAGAACUACGCUGCCCUCUCGGACUCGGUCAAGGCCCGGCUGGUGCUCGAGAACGACGACGUGGGCUGGAGCGUGCACGACCUGCUCCCCGUCUGCGAGGAGCUCAACAUCCCGCUGGUGCUCGACUACCACCACCACAACAUCAUCUUCGACAGCACUCAGUGCCGCGAAGGCACGCUCGACAUCAGCCAGCCCGAGCUCAUGUCGCGCAUCACCGCCACCUGGACGCGCAAGGGCAUCAGGCAGAAGAUGCACUAUAGCGAGCCGGUGCCGGGCGCCGUGACGCCGCGCGACCGCCGCAAGCACAGCCCGCGCGUCAUGACCCUGCCGCCCUGUCCGCCGGACAUGGACCUGAUGAUCGAGGCCAAGGACAAGGAGCAGGCCGUCUUCGAGCUCAUGCGCACCUUCAAGCUGCCCGGCUUCGAGCGCAUCAACGACAUGAUCCCGCACGAGCGCGAAGACGAGUCGCGCCCCGCGCCGACCAUCGCCAAGAAGAAACAGAAGCCUGCCAUCAACAUGAAGCGGAAGCGCGCACCGGAUGAGGAGCCCGUCGAGCUGAAUGACGUCGGCGCCGGGGCCGACGACGAGACCCAGCUCAUGACCGCGAGAGAGGUCCCGCCCGAGGACACCUCGAUGGGCGGGCCGGAUAACAGGGUGUACUGGCCGCCGGGGAAGGAGGACUGGCUGAAGCCCAUGAGGAAAGGAGCCAGGACACAAGUAAGAGAAGAUCAAGAGACCAAGGAUGAGAACGAGAAUGAGUUUGUUGUAUGAUCAUGCAGCGUAUCUUCCCUUUCUUCGCUUCUCUACGCCGUUGCUCUCUUCCAUAGGUACUGACAACGUUAUUGGAUUUGCCUACGCGAGAGUAUCCUCCACGUAGCGACCCCUAGGUGAGUUAUCAUCUCUGUCCUUCUUUUACCUUCCUCUUUCCGUCUUCUCUCUUUUAAUCUUCGCUUUUCAUCUCUCCCCCAUCCUUUUUCUCUUUCGUCCUCCUCCCUUCCCUCCCUCUCUUGUUCUCCCGAUCUUUCUUCUCCCGAAAACAAGAUAAAUAUGACCGAAAGAGGAAAAGAGAGAUCCUAGAGUUUAAACACAAAAAGAAAAUACAAGUGGAUAAGAAAGGGGAACAGAUUGGGAUCCUAUCCUCAUGCUCUUCAUUUACGGGAUAGACGACUGUGGAUAUAGUAGGAGGUGCACUACCUGCCGCAGGUGCCUGAUUCCCGCAUGGGGUGUCUUUCCAAACCAAAAUGCUGG